AGAUGUUUUCAGAGCAGAUUUGAUUCAGAUGAAAGAGCUUGACUUUACUCAUUUAUUCAAAGCCAUCUUGUCUUCAUGCUGGAGGAGAUCAUCAUUGAUCCUCCAAUGAACCAAUGAGCUGCUCUGACAGGAAAACACGAGCUCCGAAUAAAACGGAGGAGCGCGCGCCGCGCGCGGUUGCGCACGGAGAGGACGUAGCUGCGACACCGAGAGGAAGGCGCGACUACGAGCCGAGGAUGCAGUGAGGAGAUUAACACCCGCGAACCCCCAAAUCAUGUCGAACACGAGCGUGAUCAAAGCCGGGCACGAGGGCAGGGCGGACGGAGGCGGCUCCCCGAGGCUCCCGCCGCGCGCGCAGCCCCCCAGCGGCGGCGGCCGGACCAAAGACGGCCGGUACCAGCACCAGAACCAGCAGCAGCUCCAGCUUCAGCACCAGCUCCAGCAGCAGAGGCAUCAUGGAGGGGCGAUGCUGAAGCAGCCAUCCCACAACGAGCCGGCCGACGUGGUCCGGCGCGCGCUGGACUUCAAGAGCCAGGGCACGCAGUGCUACAAGGAUAAGAAGUACCGGGAGGCGAUCGGGAAGUACCACCGCGCGCUGCUGGAGAUCAAGGGGCUGUGCCGGGUUCUGGGGGACCCGGACGCGGGCUCCAACCCGCCGACGUCCUUCCUGCCGACCAUCAGCAGGUCCAGCCCGCUGACGGACGAGCAGAAGGGGGCGAUGGAGAACGCGGAGCUGGAGUGCUACAACAGCCUGGCCGCUUGCCUUCUGCAGAUGGAGCUGGUGAACUACGAGCGCGUGAAGGAGUACUGCUUGAAAGUCCUUCUCAAAGAAGGAAAGAACUUCAAGGCUCUUUACCGAUCCGGAGUGGCCUACUACCACCUUGGAGACUUCCAGAAGGCCCUGCACUACCUGAAGGAGUCACACAAGCAGGAGCCGUCAGACACCAACGUCAUCCGCUACAUCCAGCUGACAGAGAUGAAGAUUCGCCGAAACGCCCAGCGGGAAAAGAAGGAGGCGGCAUAAACGGCGCCGCCCACCAUCAGCCCUACUGUGUGUCACCCAGACCUUAAACACCACGAGCCGCAGGUCUCGGCGUGAAAUGAUGUUCGUUUGCUAUGGGGCCAGAUGACUUUAAAAAAAAAUAUUCAUUAAGAAUAUGUUGUAUUCAUAAAUACAAAGUUGUGCAUGUAUUUAUAUUUUGUGCACGACGUUGCAGAAAAAAUACAAAUAGAACAUUUAGUUUUAACAUGUCUCUUAUAUGACUUAUAUGAAUAUGAAUUUCCUUGUUUUGAAUACGAAUUUCUCCUGUUCACAAACUGUCAAAAAUACAUCACAGCUGAUACAUGGAGCACAGGAACAUCGAUUGAUCAGGCUGCUCAAAUAAAAUAGAAAUUUUAAGAAUGUUAUUGAUGCAAUAAUGGGAAAAUGAUCUUGAUAGCCAUUAAAAUUUAAUAAAACAGAUCA